CUUUGAUGACGUCAUCGGAGUAAACAGAAAAAAUGGCGACGCCAUACACAGGAGAUCGAGUUUUAGGGACAAACGCGGUCAUUUCUGAAAGCUUUGCCAAGCAGCUGACCGAUUUACCCGCGGAAUUGUUCGAGUAUAUAUUGUGCUUUCCUGUUCUGAACCAUUUCGACAUUUGCAACGUUUCCUGCACGUGCAAGAGGCUGCGUGACGUGUGCCACUGCAGGGGGAAGGUUUGGGCGCACCAAUACAAACUCAGGUGGCCCAGGCUUCAGAGACUUUAUCGACAGAAUGAGUCAUACGAUUGGCUGAAGGAAUUUAAAACGCGCCACAUGGUUGGUCAACAGAUAAGAAGAACAGUAGAAUCUAUUUCCAAGAGGUUCUUCACAGAAGUUCCUUGCAUUGGCCAGGUUCUUGGAGACAGUUUUGCAGAAAUAGAAUCUCUUGGUGCUCCAGAACACUUUUGUGAAGAUGAGCUUAUCACCAUUUUGAAUUCUGACAAAAGCAAAAGUUUGACACUCAAGUACUAUGCAAAGAAAAUCCUGUAUUUCCUCCGUCAGCAAAACAUCUUGAGGAAUCUAAAGAUUUUCCUUGAACGGCCACCAGAACAGCAAUUUGCCCUUGAAGGGGCUGUUUUGGUUGACCAGUAUUGCAACCCGUUGGCUGAAGUCACUCUUGAGAGUAUAUCUGCCCAGAUAGAAGACAUCACAGACAAGGUGAAAAAAUUCCUGCGAGUGAAAAAUGCCACACAUCCGUGUCUGCGAGCUACUCAAGAUGACUAUGUUCUGGAAGACUUGGAGUCACAAAGGCAGGUCAUAUGCGCUCUCAACGUCGUCCUGUAUGAGCAGCUGCAGUACAAGGGCAAUGACCGCGACUACUACAAUCCGCUGAACUCAUACAUACAUCAGGUGCUGCUCCGUCAUACAGGCAUUCCCAUCAGCCUCUCUGUGCUCUAUAUGACACUGUCCAGAAAAUUAGGAGUACCACUCGAGCCUGUGAACUUCCCCAACCACUUCCUGCUCCGCUGGUGCCAAAAUCAAAAUAGGAGUGGGGACAUCUAUGACUACAUGUACAUCGAUGCGUUUGGCAACGGCAAACAGCUGGGUGCUAAAGAGUGCGAGUAUCUGAUCAGACACCAGGUGACAGCAGAUUACUACGGUGCUAUAAGCACAGGAGAACUACUACUGCGGAUGGUGGGAAACCUGCUCAACAUUGGCAAGAGAGGGGAAGGGAACGAGAAAUCGUACCAGCUCCUACGGGACUCUCUGGAUCUCUACCUCACUAUUAAUCCUGAUAAUGUGCAGUAUCUUCUGCUGCAGGCCCGCCUCUACUUCCACCUUGGCAUCUGGCCGGAGAAAGUGUUGGAUAUUCUGCAGCGCAUUCAGGCUCUGGACCCAUCUCAGCACGGCGCUGUGGGAUACCUGGUCCAGCACACCCUCGAGCACAUCCAACACAAAAGACAUCUAGUAGAACCGGAGGUAAAGAGACGCAGUGCGCCAGAUCACAGGGACGUGUGGUACUCUGUCGGUCUCAUCAUGAAGCAUAAAAGGUCAGGCUAUAACUGUGUGAUUUAUGGAUGGGAUCCCAAAUGCACGAUGAGUCAGGACUGGAUUAACACUAUGAGGGUCCAUCAGCUGUCUAAGGGGGCCGAUCAGCCCUUCUACAAUGUCCUAGUUCAGGACGGGACAUGUAGAUAUGCUGCACAGGAGAACCUUGAACCUCACGCUGCCCCCAUGGAGAUCGCCCAUCCCGAGGUUGGCCGUUACUUCACCGAAUUCUCCAACACGCAUUACAUCGCCAACGAGGAGCUUGAAACGCGCUACUCGGAGGACAUGUGCAAGACCCAAAGCACUGUAGAGGAGCUUUACCACAGUCUCACCCCAAACUCAGGGCAGCGGCCGGAACCCACCGCCAAUUUCCAGGACCACGAUUUAUUAGAUCCAUAAAAUUGCCAACACUCGUACCUUCUUCUCCCUUCCCAAUCACAAAUGUAUAAAAUCACCCAUCUUUACACUAAUGUGGGUGUCAGUGAUGGUUUGUUUAAUAAAUGCAAAUGUGUUAGAUCAACAUUGUUUUCAUCUUUACAACAUCCUGGUCCUAGAUCAGUUUCACUCACUCAAACCCAAAGGAUGUGGUUAAGUAACGAUAUUUGUAUGGAUGCUCGCAAAAUGUAAUUCAACAAUGUGCUAACAUAUCGAAAAAUAGAAUUUUCAUGAAAGAGGAUCCGAAUAUGUGUAUACAGUAUAUGAUCUGUUUCAGGUCCACUUUAUUACAUUCUCAUCUCUAAUGAAUCCCUGAUAUAGUCCUGCAUAUCUCACCGAACUAAUGCACUUACCAAUGUUACAUCUGUUAACAAAUAUGCACUUGACACGACAUGAAACAAUGUCUUAACAAUUUUGUAAUGUUUAUUUCCACAAAGAAAAAAGAACUGGGGCACAAGAACUUUGUGUCUCAUAAUGGUUAUGAAUAUAAGAGUAUUGAGAAUAUAAGAAAUAAUAACAAUAAAAGGAGAACC